GACAAUAGGUUAUAGGCAAAAAAAGAAUGUCGAUGCGAGAAGUUGAUGGUUCUUAUUCUGGUCUGGAAAUGAGUUGGGCCUUUACCUCGUUUGGUGCUAAGGCGACAAUGUGAUUGCUGUGCCGUGAUCCCGUCAGGUAUCAAUAAAUACAGGCAACGUUGGGAUCUUCACGUUGCCGAAAGUUACUAGCCCAAGAUUGUUUCUUUUUCAUUCCUCUUAUAGAAAAAGCUGUAGGGUAAUGACCGUUUCAAUGACCAAGAUCCCCACGAGACGGAUGCAGUGUUUCGGUUGCUGGUGGGCGAAUGGAACAAGGGCCUGUAUAAGAGGCCAGAGAAUGAGAGGUGUGGGCAGGUCCUUUUCUUGCUUGCAAAUGACUCUUCACAUAUAUAUUCCUGCUCAGAAAUAUAUAAAGAUCUCUGAGAUGCUUGUUUUAUCGUCAUUUCACCGAAUGACAGGUGCUUUCAGUCACCAGAUUUGCUGCAGUCUGGAUGCUUCUGAUGGCGGGGCUGCUGUAGCAAUGCAAUGGUCAUCUGGGGAGUGCUCGAUUCAGUGCAUGAUAGUGGAGAUCCAUCCAUCAACAGCAGCCGUAUAAAUUCAAGUUUCCCUCAACAUCAAGAAGCAUAUUCCCAACAUGUGGUUUGAUACAGCAUCAAGAUACACAAACGAACCCUUAAAGUGACUGCGUUCAUGCACAUGAUAUCUGCAAGAAAGGCGCCACGCCCACGCCUAGUGAGACAUGUUCCGUCGUCAUCGUCCCAGGAACUCGGCAAUCAAAACGACUUCUGGAAGGGGCAUGCUCCAAUUGAGCCAUGUUAUUGGACCGACGCAUCGUGAGAAAGGAUGCCCACGAGAUCCCCAACAUGGGGGAUACGGUUCCUUAGUGGCUUGAGGGCAUGCGACAAGCUUAGCUCUUUGAGCUAUGUAACCUAGAGAACCGAUGACAGCUUGGGAAAGCGGUCUUGGUCCUGCAGUUGCGUUAUGACUUGCAGGAGAUCAGACCCAUGGAUCUGGUGUACCACAAUGAGGCUAUUCCUAGAUCUCGACAGUUCUCAUUGUGCGGCUCUGGCAGUACAGGUCUGACCAUGUAAUGCGAUAUGUAAUUAUCUAAUAUUCUGUCAUAAGCUGCCUGAUCAUAAUUUAACAUUUUGCA